AUGACGGUGCAACGAGACGAGCGCGAGCGCGCGCCCCGCACGAGGUUCAUGAUCACCGACAUACUCAACGCGCCCCGGGACCUCAGCGCGCACCGCGACUCCGACUCCGACCGCUCCGCCACAGACUCCCCAGGAGUGAAAGAUGACUCCGACGACGUAUCGAGCAAGGGGUGCGGGGACGCGUCAGGUCUCGCCAAGAAGCAGAGGAAGGCCAGGACCGCCUUCACCGACCACCAGCUCCAGACCCUGGAGAAGUCCUUCGAGAGGCAGAAGUACCUCAGUGUGCAGGACCGCAUGGAGCUAGCAGCAAAGCUGGGCUUGACCGACACGCAGGUCAAGACCUGGUACCAGAAUAGAAGGACGAAAUGGAAGCGGCAAACAGCCGUUGGGCUCGAGUUACUAGCGGAGGCGGGCAACUACGCGGCGUUCCAGCGGCUGUACGGCGGCUACUGGGCUGGGGUCCCCGCUUACCCCGCACAGCCCGCGCCCGCUGCUGCUGACUUGUACUACAGACAGGCCGCCGCGACAGCCGCCGCUGCCGCCUCCGCCUCCGCCAACACGCUACAGAAACCUCUGCCAUAUCGGUUAUACCCUGGCGCGCCUCUAGCUGGCGUUCCACCAUUGGGCCUCGGUCUACCGGGCCCGUCAGCACACUUGGGGUCCCUGGGAGCCCCAGGCCUCGGGGCUCUGGGGUACUACGCACAAGCGAGGCGCACUCCCUCCCCCGACGUGGACCCCGGCAGCCCCGCACCUCCCCCGCGAUCACCCAGAGAGCCCUCCGUUGAGCGGCACUCCGACGACGACGACGACGAACCCAUCCACGUAUAAGUGACAGUGACAUUUAGUGAAUUCCAGUGACGUCAUGCGUGUUCAGGGUUGUCAAAAGUGAACAUUAUUUAUUCGUUGCACAUUCCUCGGUAUCGCGUCGGUGUCAAUAUGGAUCGGACGACUCGUCCUGUAUGUGAUAUUAUAAACCCAGAACUAGUUGUAACCUAAUGUAAAAUAGAUAUGGAUGUCGUGUAGCUACGUAUAGACUAGCUUAUUAUUGUAUAAAACUACGAUAUAAUUUAUUACAUUACAGAAAAACUUUUAACGAGAAACUCAAGUUUCGAACUUCGGUUGUUAAUACUUUUCGAUUUCUGCAAUAUUUACUCGUAAAACAAAUAAAAAGUUACUAAUUUAGGUACGUGCUCAAUGGAUUAAUAUCGAUUCAUCGUUUUGUACAGAAUAUAGUUUCGCGUCGAUACAAAGUAAAAAUUGGUACAAUGUGCAGAUUGUGUAUAAUAUAGAUUAUUUAAUUUAAUAUGUAUUUGUUAGUAUUAAAUACAAAAAUAAUAAUAAGAACAGGUAGCAUACCUGAAGCUAUUAUAGUUAUAUGGCGAAAUGUACUUAUGCAAUCUGAAAAGUGGCAUUUUAUGUCCAGAUAGAUUUUGUGGUGUUUUGUAAUUAAA